AUUAUAUGUACCAGUACUUGUGUAUAAUGAGCCCCUCCCUACAGUUCAGAAGGUUAUAUAAUGAUCCUGAAAACUCCACCUACUAUUCUUAUGAGUAUGAGUCCAGACAGUACGUCAUUCAUUCUGAGGUGGAGCUCCCUGUCAAGGAGUAUGAUUCAUCCGAUGAUGUCUGUGUCCUGAAGACACACAAACCUUUGACAAUGGAGGAGAGACUGAUAGAAGAUGAGGUACCUACACAACUGGACCUCAUGUUUGAAAAUGAUGAUGAUUCAUUGCCUGACCGUCCUCCUCCAAUGAGUGAGUGGCCUCCGUGUGUUCAUCUCAUACCACUUGACCCCGCCCCUUCUUUAAAUGUGGGCGGAGCCUCGGAACUAGCUGGUUCUCAAGAUGCUCGUAAAUGCAUCAGUUUAAUUACAGCUGAAGGGGCCGUCAUUGGAAGUGCAGUGGAAGAAUCUUAUACUGAAACAUGGCGGACAUGUUACUGAUGGAUUUGACAUGAGCUCAUUAGCUAAAGUUCAGACAGAUACACUCCAGGACACAUGAUCACUGCAAUAACACAAGUACUCACAGAAAGAGGAAUCUAACAAGCUUGGUUUAAUAAGACUUCUCUUGGAAAGAAGAGUGCUAAAGCUAUCAAAGAAGCAAUGAAUUCAUUAGUCAUGAUAGGCAGGAUAAUAUUUGGCACUCACUGCUCUCUUAUAUUAUAUACAUUUGGAAUUAAAGACAAAGAUAAUUAUAACAAUACAGUUAAUAAUAAGUAUAUGUGUAUUUUGUGUUUAUUUAUUCUUUUCCUUUCCCUUCCCUUUCUUCCCUCCUCCAUCAUCCUCUCCCAUUGCUUCUUUGAUAGCUUUUUUAAUGAAUCCCUGCUCUGUGUGGGCUGGUAUCAAUGAA